ACAGUCUUUGCCGACGACAGAAUCUCAAAAGACGAGGAGGGGAAAGAAAAAGAGGGGAGAAAAGAAAAAAGAAAAAAAUGGAGCCUCGAUGGAGGGAGGAGGAUUUCUUGAGUUGCUCAGGGAGCAGGAGAUUCGCAAAGGAGAUGGUCGCCGCUUCUCCCUUCUCCGAUCUCGAUCACGCGAUCCGAUGCGCCAGGGAUAUCUGGUUCAAUAAGGUUGAUGUCAAGUGUUUGCUCGAGUCUUUCGCUGCUCAUCCUGAGAUCGGGAACACCUCAAAGUCCAUGCCCCAAUGGAACAAGGAAGAGCAAUCCACUGCGCUUGCAACAGCCACCAGUUCAACGAUGCGGGAACUAGCUGAGUGGAAUGUUCGUUACAAGGAGAAAUUCGGAUUUGUUUUCCUUAUAUGUGCAUCUGGGAGAGGUACGCCAGAGAUCCUUGCUGAAUUGAAGGUAAUAUGUAUAUUUCAUUUGUUCGUUGAUGUUUUAAUUUAUAUCAUAGGAUGGGUGGAAUGGAAUUUCUAGGUAUGUAAACAUUAAAUUGUUUCUAUACACCAGUUUGGUUUUCUGCUAACAUGAACGCUUUCUGAUGGUGGUGUAGGAGAACAAAGAGAUUAAUAUGUGGUUUCAGUUGAUUUAAAAAAAAAUAACAGGGCCAUGAUGGAGAUGUUGUGUUGGUGAGAAGUGUAUACUAUAGUAAAGUUGAUACAUAAUAUGCAUGAUUGAGUAGUAAUAACUGGAGGGAAGAUAAUAGUUUCCCAGCUCUAUUAGCUUAUGCAAACUGCCAACAUUUGGAUUAAGUCCUCUCCUUAUGGUAGUUAUGGAUGAUUUUAGAAAUAGUGCAUAUCGUUUGUCGUUAACACUGAAGUAUUUAUGAGACUAAGGGAGUGAUAAUUUCCAAAGUUGAACAAUGCAUAUAAGGCUUAGGUGACAAUAUAUUGAAUUGGUGGGAGAUAUUAUGGCACACAAUCAUACAGUUUAUGAAAAGAAAUAAACAUGCAGUUCAUGUUGAUAAAAGACCUUGAGGUAACUACUGCACAUAUGAGCUUUAAUCAUUCAUCAUGACGACAUAUGGUCGGAUAGGAGGCACUAUUUACAUAAUCAAAAUGGUAUACUAAUUGAAGUGGAGAAGUGUUUUUUUGGAGAGUACAUGUUUAAAGAGUAUCUAUCUAUCUAUAUAGUUAAAAGGAAAGUUUUCAAAUAUGGAUGUACUUCUAGUUAUGCUUGGUCAGAAUGUCAGCCGAUUAGGGAACAUUUUGAGAAAACAGAUAUUGCUAACAUGUCAAGGAAAAGGAUAUUAGCUGACGCAUUGGGAAAUCCAAGUACUAACGAAAAACUGCCAAAAAUGAUAAACGAUAUUCAAAUCACAUCAUUUUGUGGCAAGCCUUCUAAAAGGACAUUUUAGUCGAUAUAUCAACUGUAACACCUCCGGAGGUAUAUAAACUUGGGCAUGAUCUGUCCGUAAUAAGGAGAGUGGACCUGCUCAGUUUUUACAUACACUCCUAUGUAUAUAUAUAUAUACAAUAAUACUAAAGAGUGAGAAUAAAGCAAUGAAAAUAUAUACAACACUCAAAAUCACAAGGUUGACAGCAAAGUCCACAAAAUACCAGAACGCUAAAAGAAACAAUAGUACAUAACGCUAAAAGAAACAAUAGUACAGUACAAGUCUGAAAAUAGCUACAAUACACAUUAAUACAUUUUCAAUUAGUCAAAAGUACUACAAAAGCAAAUACAAAUUAAUUUCUACUAUGAUUUCCAUCCGAGCUAGUCUUCUAUGCUAGGGUCUGUAAUCCCCUUGCCCUUCACAAUUGUAUGACCUGUGAAUGAAUACAGAAACAAUAGGGGUGAGCUUAAGACCUAAUAGGCAACCAUAAAAAUCUCGGGUACAACAUAAGGGAUGAAUGAAAGGAAUAAUCAUUAAUAUUUGAGUUUGAACGAAUGGAUAUCAAUCAUUAAAUUACCAUCUCAUGUCAU